AUGUAUUGGCCUGCAAUAGCUAAUUUUUGUGGUUUUGAAAUUCCGCGAAUUUUUAAACAUCAAUUUUUCGACUGCAUAGGUCCUUUUAGGGAUCAUCACAUUGAUGGUAAUGCGUUUAUGACGUUAGAUAUGCCAACGCUGAAAUACUUGGAUAUUUCUGAUAAAAGCGCCAGGAAUUUAUCGACAAUUGUAGCUUCGAUUGCCAUUGCAAAACCAGUUAAGCAUGAAUAUGGACGAGAAAGUUUAAUUAGUAAAUUUUUUUCGGCUAUUAUUCAUAAAUCCAAGAAAUCGAACGUAAAUCGAAAAAGGGUUAAGAGCACAGAAUUACCAUCAGCAAUUAGUGAAUAUGAUCGAAAUUCUAUAUCUUCAGCUCCCGGCGAGGUACUUGAAUUAAGUAAUAGCGAAACGAACUCACUAUAUGAAGAAAUUGAUCAACCAGAUGUUGAAGCUAUUGAAGUCGACAGUCAACUUUACGAUCAAUUAGUAUAUAAAUAUCCGGAGGCUAGCCUUGAUGGGCCAAUUCAGCUAGAGAUCGAUGAAUCGGAUCUUGAACAGAAUGUAAUUAUUCGGUCCAAUAAAGGUCAUGAUGCCAAAAUCAGACUUAGUACCAUGGACAAUACUAAGGACGAAGAUGCCCACAUUUAUUCGCAAAUUCCUCAAGAAUAUGAACGCAUGUCGCUGAAACCUAAAUCAUAUCAGGACGAUUAUCUUUAUGUGGUAGGAAAUGAAGAUGUAAAAGCUACACAAAAUUUAAAUAAAGCUCAAUCUAAUACAUAUGAGAAUCAUUCUGUCCAAGCGCUACAGAACUUAUCGGCGAAAAUCUCUCCAGCAACAGGUUAUCUCAAGCAAGAAACUGGAAAGACUGCAGGAGGUGAAAGGAAGAAAAAUCAAAUUUUCAAUGAGGUUAUCAAGCCUAGUAAAGAAGCACCAAGAAGAUUGAAGAAGAAAGCUACGGUGAUUAUCAAGCGAAUGCAGAAAUAUGAACAACAGGUUGAUGAAAAUAAGUCCAACCUGGCAACUGCACAAGCUAAAUCAAUGGCUGGUUCACUUCAUAACAGCCCACCGGCGAGAAAAACUCGCCAACUCACAGAGCAAGUAGACUCUAAGCUUGUCAAACCAUUGCGACAACAGCUCACUGGCCAGCUGGAGAAAAGAUCUUCAGAGAAAUCGGACGAUGCUAUAUUUACCGAUACAAGUAAAAGCAAAGCUAAUCCAACUUUUGAGAAAGGACAAUCUAACCUUAACAAAAAAACUUUACCUGAAGUUGAUCCUGGCCAUCACAACGUGGCAAGUAGUCCAUUUAUACUAAAAGAUCAGCGAUUUGUAAAUCAAAAUUACCCCAGUCGCGACGAAAAAGUCCCCAAACAAACAAAUCAAGGCUUGGAGCUAUUAAAAAACGCAAAAUCUGCUAUAUCUCCAUCAUCAGCACUUGAUAAUGUCAUCAAAGCCAAAAGAAGCUAG